AGGGAGGGAGGGCGGUCGCCCCGACGCGCACCGCGAUUCGCCCCAAGGGCCCUGCGCAGGACGCUGACGCGAAGACUCGGAGGCGGAAGAAAAGAGGAGCUGUUUCUAGGCUUUUCUAGGAGCCCAGCGGAGGUGAAAGAACUACCCCUUCGUCCCCUCCCGGAAAUGACGCGAUUUGACCCUUGAGCCGUAGGGAGCGCGGCAUUUUCCGGAAAGUUCUGGAACCCAGCGCGGCCCGGGAACUAGCCUAAGCCGGCCGGAGAGGGCUGAGCGCGCUAGCAAACCCUGCGCGGAAAUGCUUCGGUUACCCACAGUCUUUCGCCAGAUGAGACCGGUGUCCAGGGUACUGGCUCCUCAUCUCACUCGGGCUUAUGCCAAAGAUGUAAAAUUUGGUGCAGAUGCCCGAGCCUUAAUGCUUCAAGGUGUAGACCUUUUAGCCGAUGCUGUGGCCGUUACAAUGGGGCCAAAGGGAAGAACAGUGAUUAUUGAGCAGAGUUGGGGAAGUCCCAAAGUAACAAAAGAUGGUGUGACUGUUGCGAAGUCAAUUGACUUAAAGGAUAAAUAUAAAAACAUUGGAGCUAAACUUGUUCAAGAUGUUGCCAAUAACACAAAUGAAGAGGCUGGGGAUGGCACUACCACUGCUACUGUACUGGCACGCUCUAUAGCCAAGGAAGGCUUCGAGAAGAUUAGCAAAGGUGCUAAUCCAGUGGAAAUCAGGAGAGGUGUGAUGUUAGCUGUUGAUGCUGUAAUUGCUGAACUUAAAAAGCAGUCUAAACCUGUGACCACCCCUGAAGAAAUUGCACAGGUUGCUACGAUUUCUGCAAAUGGAGACAAAGAAAUUGGCAAUAUCAUCUCUGAUGCAAUGAAAAAGGUUGGAAGAAAGGGUGUCAUCACAGUAAAGGAUGGAAAAACACUGAAUGAUGAAUUAGAAAUUAUUGAAGGCAUGAAGUUUGAUCGAGGCUAUAUUUCUCCAUACUUUAUUAAUACAUCAAAAGGUCAGAAAUGUGAAUUCCAGGAUGCCUAUGUUCUGUUGAGUGAAAAGAAAAUUUCUAGUGUCCAGUCCAUUGUACCUGCUCUUGAAAUUGCCAAUGCUCACCGUAAGCCUUUGGUCAUAAUCGCUGAAGAUGUUGAUGGAGAAGCUCUAAGUACACUCGUCUUGAAUAGGCUAAAGGUUGGUCUUCAGGUUGUGGCAGUCAAGGCUCCAGGGUUUGGUGACAAUAGAAAGAACCAGCUUAAAGAUAUGGCUAUUGCUACUGGUGGUGCAGUAUUUGGAGAAGAGGGGUUGACUCUGAAUCUUGAAGACGUUCAGCCUCAUGACUUAGGAAAAGUUGGAGAGGUCAUUGUGACCAAAGAUGAUGCCAUGCUCUUAAAAGGAAAAGGUGACAAGGCUCAAAUUGAAAAACGUAUUCAAGAAAUCAUUGAGCAGUUAGAUGUCACAACUAGUGAAUAUGAAAAGGAAAAACUGAAUGAACGGCUUGCAAAACUUUCAGAUGGAGUAGCUGUGCUGAAGGUUGGUGGGACAAGUGAUGUUGAAGUGAAUGAAAAGAAAGACAGAGUUACAGAUGCCCUUAAUGCUACGAGAGCUGCUGUAGAAGAAGGCAUUGUUUUGGGAGGGGGUUGUGCCCUGCUUCGAUGCAUUCCAGCCUUGGACUCACUGACUCCAGCUAAUGAAGAUCAAAAAAUUGGUAUAGAAAUUAUUAAAAGAACACUCAAAAUUCCAGCAAUGACCAUUGCUAAGAAUGCAGGUGUUGAAGGAUCUUUGAUAGUUGAGAAAAUUAUGCAAAGUUCCUCAGAAGUUGGUUAUGAUGCUAUGGUUGGAGAUUUUGUGAAUAUGGUGGAAAAAGGAAUUAUUGACCCAACAAAGGUUGUGAGAACUGCUUUAUUGGAUGCUGCUGGUGUGGCCUCUCUGUUAACUACAGCAGAAGUUGUAGUCACAGAAAUUCCUAAAGAAGAGAAGGACCCUGGAAUGGGUGCAAUGGGUGGAAUGGGAGGUGGUAUGGGAGGUGGCAUGUUCUAACUCCUAGACUAGUGCUUUACCUUUAUUAAUGAACUGUGACAGGAAGCCCAAGGCAGUGUUCCUCACCAAUAACUUCAGAGAAGUCAGUUGGAGAAAAUGAAGAAAAAGGCUGGCUGAAAAUCACUAUAACCAUCAGUUACUGGUUUCAGUUGACAAAAUACAUAAUGGUUUACUGCUGUCAUUGUCCAUGCCUACAGAUAAUUUAUUUUGUAUUUUUGAAUAAAAAACAUUUGUACAUUCCUGAUACUGGGUACAAGAGCCAUGUACCAAUGUACUGCUUUCAACUUAAAUCACUGAGGCAUUUUUACUACUAUUCUGUUAAAAUCAGGAUUUUAGUGCUUGCCACCACCAGAUGAGAAGUUAAGCAGCCUUUCUGUGGAGAGUGAGAAUAAUUGUGUACAAAGUAGAGAAAUAUCCAAUUAUGUGACAACCUUUGUGUAAUAAAAAUUUGUUUAAAGUUAA